AUGAGAGGCCCACCAUCUUGGCCCGUCCGGUUGGCGGCGAUGUCCUCGCUCGCCAGCUUCUGCGUAUCGCCCGCCAACGGCUUCUCGACCUUCUCCAAGCUCUGGGACAGGAUCCAGAAAUCCAACAUCUUCACGGCGGAGCACGAGCUCGGCAGCCGGUCUCUCGACGGCGGCGUCAGCAGCGGCUGCCCGACCGCCCUCGACCUGUGCGUCGAUGGCGCCUGCACCAACGUCACCAUCGGCAUCGAUCCGCUUCACUGCGGCGCCUCACGAACCGCUUGCAAGGCAGGCGAGAUCUGCGUCGUCGGCACCUGCCGGCCCCUGAGCUUCCACGAGCCCGCGGCGUGUGGCAGUGACGACGAGCCGUGCAAGGCAGGUCGCUGGUGCCACCGCGGGUCGUCGCUGCCCAUCGAGGUCAGCACGAGCUCGCGCGCCUGCGGCUCCCACAAGAGGAGGUGCGACCCGGGCACGCUCUGCGUCAGCGGCUUCUGCGAAAAGAUCGACCUCGGAAGCGACCCCCUGAACUGCGGCGGCAGUGGCGUCGUCUGCGAGGCAGGCACUUACUGCCUCGACGGCGCCUGCCGUGCCCAUGUCGUUGGUACCCCUCCCCUCACGUGCGAUGCUGACGACCAGUGUGCCCUCGGCCUCACGUGUCGACAGGGCGUCUGCGAGGAGAUCAACAUCGCGCUCGAUCCCUACAGGUGCGGCGCCAGCAGCACCACCCAGUGCCUUGCUGGCGAGACUUGCCACGGCGGGCGCUGCGAGCGCAUCGCCCUCGGCUGCGGGGCUGACGACGGCGACAAUGGCAACGACGUUGUCGAGGCCUGCGAGAAGACGUGCGAGCUCGGAAGCGUGUGCUACAACCACGAGUGCAUCCCGCUACAUGUCGACCUCGACGUCGCGGACUGCCAAGGCAAGGCGUGCGCUGCGGGUGAUGUCUGUCUCUCGGGCAUCUGUACGUCUCGUCUCGCGAGGAACGCCACUGGUCCGAUCGUGGGGUGUGCUGGUGCCCUCCCUGGGUCUGGCUCUCCUGGCGGUCAGCCUACGGGACAACCUGGUGCGUCUGCUGGCGCAUCUGGUCUGCUUGGUGGUCAGCAGCCUACUGGCGUGCCUGUCGUCCCAGGGCCUGUCGCACAGCCCGGCGCUCAACAGCCUGGUCAGCCUGGUGCCGGACAGCCUGGCUCGGAUCAGCCCGGCCAGUCCGGUGGCUCCGGUCUCGUUGGCGGCCCCGGUGGCCAGCCAGGCCAACCUGGAGUGACGCCUGGAGAGCCCGGCGGCUCAGGAAUCGGCGGCGGCUCGAGUGAUGGUCAGACGGGUGUAGGCGGCGGUCAACCCGCUGGCCAGCUUCCGCCUGGUCAGCUUCCUCCUGGCCAACUCCCCCCGGAUCAGCCAGCUCCUGGUCAGCUGCCUCCAGGUCAACUGCCGCCCGGUCAGCUCUCACCAGACCAGCCAGCCCCUGGUCAGCCAGCACCUGGAGAGCCCGUGCCCGGCCAAAACCCCUCGGACCCGGGUCAACCUGGACAGGCUCCUCCGAUCCAGCCUGGCACCGGCCCAGAGUCCCCUGGACAAGGCCCUACUGAUCAGCAACCUCCUAUUCAGAUCCCCCCCAUUCAGUCACCGCCCGACCAGCAACCCCCUGAUCAGACUUUCCCUGAUCCUCAGGUUCCGGUCGAUGUGCCUCCCGGACAACAGCCUUCGGACCAGAACCCUGGUCAGACUCCUGGUCAAUCUCCUGGUCAGAACCCUCCCAAUCAACAAGGCCCGGGCCCAGUUCCCGCUGACCAGCCACCCUCGACCCCAACAUCUCCGGGCGCCGGUCCUGGCGGUUCUCCCUCAGCGCCAUCCCCUGGUGGUGACUCUGGCUUCGUCAAGCUCCCACAAUCAGGCCUCCCUGGCAUCUCUACGGAUCCCAUUCAGUCCCCCCCGCCACAACGUUGUCCCGGCGAGCAGGUUCUUGUUGGCACUCUCUGCAAAGACAUCUUCGGGGACCCGGAGAACUGCGGAGAGGCCUGGAACCUCUGCCCGCCCAACAACAUUUGUGUUCAGGGUGCGUGCGCCGAGAUCGACACCGGAGGUGACCCUAAGGACUGCGACGGUGUUGAAUGUAUCUCGGGCCAGGCCUGUGUUCGAGGCCAGUGCCGACCCAUCACUAUCGGCAUCUCGGGCCCCCGGCCGUCUGAAUGUGGAUCCAACGGAUGCGGCACCGGCGAACACUGCAUCUCGGGAACGUGCGUCAAGCUCACGGGUGACCCGCAGAAGUGUGGUUCCUCGACCAACGCAUGCCCCGCGAACAACCUCUGUAUUCUCAACAAGUGUGUUCCUGUGGAUACCGGCAAGGACCCCGAGAACUGUGGCUCCGAGGGCAACGUGUGCCCGUCGGGUUCCGCUUGCGUUCGAGACGUUUGUAUCCCCAUUAAUGGUGGCAGCAUUCCGCCGCCCGCGGACAAGUGCCCCUCGACCUGUGCGCCGGGCACGAUCUGCGUCGGCACCGAGUCAUGCAAAACGGGCGAGAUCUGUAUCGACGGAUCAUGCACAACACUGACGGACCCUGCGGCUUGCGGAUCUUCGGGUGAUCCCUGUCCUGCUGGCACCUUUUGCCUGGGCGAUGUCUGCACACGCCUUGGCGAUCCCACCGACUGUGAUCGCAACGGCCUCACUUGCGAUGCUGGUGCCAUCUGCGCGGCAGGCACUUGUGUCCCCGCCCAGUCGCCGACCAACUGUGGUGGGCCAGGUCAAAUCUGCCCUGCUGGCCAGCAGUGUUUCGCUGGCCAAUGUCUGCAGUUCCAGGACGCCAAGGGUUGCGGCACCGGCAUUGCGUGCGGAACCGGCCAGCAGUGUAUACACGGAACCUGUGUGUCCAUCGGCGUCACACAAGACUGUGGCGACACCGGAGCGCCUUGCAAGGCCACCGAGAACUGUGUCGAGGGCUCGUGCCGACUCUUGCCUGUUACAGGAGCUUGCGGUACCACUGGAGGACCUUGCCCUGUCGGAAACAAGUGUGUUGCUGGCGCCUGUGUGCUGCCCUUCGGAUCCUGUGCCGGCGGUGCUUCUGGGACGACUUGCAGCGGCGGGCGCAUCUGUCUCAACGGCGGUUGUGUUGCCGUUGAUGAUCCUGAUGGUGACUGCGGCAGCACCGGAGGGCCGUGUCCCGUCUCCUCGUUCUGUGCGAGCGGUGUGUGCGUCGGUAUCGCCGGACCCAACGAUAACUGUGGAGCCACCGGCGCUCCGUGUGCUGCCGGAUCUGUCUGUAUUGACGGCAGCUGUACGGAGGCUACGGGCCCUGAGACGCCGUGCGGACAGACCAACGAGCCUUGCCCCCGCGGCGCCACCUGUGUCGGGGGUGCUUGCUUGCCGGGAGCGGGAGACGGAGACAAUUGCGGCGACACCGGAGGCCCGUGCGAGAACGGCCUGUCUUGCAUUGCCGGCGUGUGCUUCGGCAAUGUGGACGAAGUACCAAGUCCUCCAGGUGACCUGCCUGUGUCCGGAGGAGACCAGCCUAUCCCAGGAGGAGACCAGUCUACCCCUGGAGGAGGCCAAACUGUGCCUGGAACGGACCAACCUAUUCCUGGUGGAGACCAGUCUCUCCCAGGCCCGGUAGACGGCAUCACCAAGCCCGUCAUUCCCGGGGACGGCAGUCAGCCGAUUGGAAGCCCCGACCUCCCUAUUGUUGCUGAUCCAAACAACCCUACUACCGGUGGCGGCGGUGUUUCCGUUCCGCCCGCUACUGGUUCCACGCCGCCUGUUGACACUUGUGGCCCUGCCGGACAGCGCUGUGCUGCGGGACUACUCUGCAUCGAGGACAGAUGUGUCGUUUCACGCGGCCCCGAUGACUUCUGUGGCACGUCGGGUCAGGUCUGCCCAUCUGGCAGCCUUUGCGUGUCAGGAGCGUGCUCGGCCAUUGCUGGGCCUUCUGAUAACUGCGGUAACACGGGAGCUCCGUGCUCCGCAGGUCAGUUCUGUGCUGGAGAAUCAUGCCUCACCAUCGGGGCGCCCACUGACCUCUGCGGCCCCCUCGGCCGUGUGUGUCCUGCUGGCCAGCUUUGCAUGGCUGAUCAGUGCGUUCCAAUUGAGGCCCAAGGUGCUGUCUGUGGUAGCACGGGGAGCCCUUGCUCCUCGGGUCUGACCUGCGUUCGUGGAGCAUGCGUCACGACCCCCGAGGGAACUGGCUGCGGCGAGGGAGGCGCGGCCUGUGCCAACGGCUUUGUCUGUGAGAAUGAUCAGUGCAUCAUCUCCCCUAAGGAUACCUGUGGCCCUGGUCGUGGACCCUGCCAUGAUGGUCUUGUCUGUCAAGAUGGUGUUUGCACGCCGACGGGCUUGCCCAUCGGCGGAUGCGAAGGGCUGAACACGCCUUGUGCGUCUGGUCUCAUUUGUGUGUCUGAUAUUUGCGUCGUGGACCCCGACCCAUCGACGUGUUCCGGCGCCGUUUGUGGCACAGGUGAGCUUUGCGUUCAUGGCCUCUGCAUUGACAUCCUCAAUAAUGCCCUGCACUGCGGCGCCAAGGACACGCCUUGCCCUCCGAACAACAUUUGCCGUUCCGGUACCUGUGCUCCGUCCCCCACUGCUUUGUGUGGCGACACGACGUGCGACAGCCAGCUUCAAGUUUGUGUUGAGAAUGUCUGCCUCGCCCUCUCGACAGAUCUCAGCAACUGCGGUGCUGCUGGCACAACUUGCCAAGCAGGCCAGACGUGCAUUUCGGGCCAGUGCUCCGACCCGGCAGCGCCCACGGAUUGUGGCGGCGAUGUCUGCGGAACUGGCGAGCUAUGUGUUGAAGGGACAAUCUGCGUCAACUUGGCGACGGACAACAAGAACUGCGGCAGCACUGACACAGUGUGCUCCAUUGACCAAGUCUGCGUUUCUGGCGUGUGCACUGCCCUAACAGCGCCCGUCUGCGGUCAGACCAACUGCGCGGAAGGCCAGAUCUGCUCGUCUGCAUCCUGCCUGGACGUGUUCACCGACGCGGCAAACUGUGGUGCCGAGGGUAGGGCCUGUGAGCCAUCUGGCUCGACUUGCGUUGCCGGCAAGUGUGUGCCUCCUGUUCUUGGACAGUGCGGCAGUACGACGUGUGCGGCUUUUGAAUCCUGCCGCGAUGGGACGUGCUACGACCAUCUCGGCGACGUUGACAACUGCGGUGGCUUGGGCAAGUCUUGUUCGGGCACUUGUGUGUCUGGAAACUGUGUGCCCCUGCCUGCAGUUGAGCCGAACCAACCUCGUCAAAUCACCGACACGCUGAACCAGGUCGUCAACGACGCUCUCGGACCCAGUGGCCUCGUACCAAGUCUUCUCGAUAACAUUGGCAAGGGACAGACGAGCAACCUCGUCCCCGACAUCAUCAAGGGUGUCUUGGGUGACGGAACUUCUGCUGGCGGCGGCCUCCUUCCUGGCAUACUGGACAACCUCGUCAACCAGGGCGCUAUUCCUCCAGCGGCUGUCACUGAUCUUAUCGGACCCAACGGUUCGCUUCCUCCGCUCGUAGACAGUCUCCAGGACAGCAUCGCCAAGGACAGCACAGGCAACAUUACCAACACGGUGCUGCCGCCUCUCCUAGAGGGCCUUAUUGGCGACGGCACUACCGAGGGCGCUGGUCUCAUCCCAGGCCUUCUCGACGACAUCAGCAAGGGAAAUCUCGGCAAUAUCUUGCCUGGCCUCAUCGACGGCUUGAUCGGCAGUGGCACACCCGGACAGGGCACCGUUGGUAUCCUCCCGCCGCUCAUCACCGAUAUCCUUGGCCCUGCUGCGGAUAACCCACUUGGAAACAUCGGCACUAUCGUCCCCGGAGGCCUGGGCGCUGCUAUCGGCAACGUCACGACGCCAGAGCAGCUUCAGGAGGUCCUCCCUGGUGCCGUUGGAGACUUGCUCAACGGAACUCUGCCCGAAGAUGUCGUGAACGGCGUCAUCGGUGGACUCAACAACACCGUUACCAUUCCCAACACCGGCACUGUCCCUGCGACCAACCUUCCCGGCGAUGCAGUCGGCGGGCUUCUGGAUGAACUCCUUAACAACGCGACUUCACCUGACGUUCCCAACAUUCCUGCGGCCUCCGGACCCCUGAUCGACUCUUUGCUCAAUGGCAAGCCUCCGGUGAACACCCUCCCCGUCAUUCCCGGCGGAUCUACGGGAGAACUUCCCGUCGUCGGCGGACUUGUAGAAAAUGGAACGCUGCCUGCCAACAUCACUGGCGAUACUGUAGUGGGCGCUAUCAUUGGUGGCCUGCUCAACAAUGGCACGGUCCUUCCAGGCUCGCCGACGGCUGAGCUCCUUGAUGGCCUGACGGGUGGUCUUACGGGCAACAACGCCUCCGUGUCCGACACACCUGCUGGUAAUCUUGGAUCAACCCUCGGCGGGCUCAUCAACGCGACUGCGCCCAUAGGCUCAGCAGCCGGCGACCUCCUGACGGGCUUGAUCGGCGGCGUCACUGGAAACAAUACGUACAUCACCCCCAAGAAUCCUGCAGGAGCCGUUGGUACCAUUGUCGGUGAUCUCAUCAGAAACGGCACAACGCUGCCGGGUACGCCCCUUGGUGACGCCCUCGGCGGCAUCACUGGCCCGAACCCUCCUACAGGCAACGAGUUGGGCGAAUGUCUUGAUGAUCUCCUUCCCGACGGCCCACCUGCUGGUAUUCCGGCAAUUCCCACUCCCGAGGAACUCGAAGGCCUCGUCGAGGGUCUCGAGCCCGUGGUAACGGCACCUGGGGUUAUUCCUCCGUCAGGUGGAUUCAUCGGCGGUAUCAUUGGCGGCGUCCUGAACAACGGCACCGGGAUCGGCGCGCCCGAGCUCCCAACCAUCGGCAUUAACCUGCCCGCUCUGAUCGAUUCUACCUUGGGAGGCACCAACGUGACUGGCUCGGAUGUGCCCGGGCUCAAUGUUACUCUGCCUGCCAUUUUCGAAAGUCUUCUGACAAAUGGCACCAUUGACCCUUCGCUGGGCGGUGCACUGACCGAUAUUGUCGGCGGCACACCAAACAACACGGCGACCAUCGGCCCCACUCUGCCGCCCACCCCCGGCCUCCCCGGAACCACCCUUCCCGGUCUUCCGGCCGCUGGAGGUCUGGUCCCUGGCGUGCUCGGCAGUCUUCCUAGCGAUGAAAUUGGUGAUCUCUUGACUCCUGUUGUUGGCACAGGGGAUGGCCUAAUUCCCAAGCUCAUUGACAAUGUCAAGAACGGUGCGACCGACACUAUCAUUUCAGAUCUCAUCAAGGAUGCGCUAGGUGACGGCACGCCUACCAGCGGCGGUCUCAUUCCUAAUAUUGUCGGCAACCUGCAAAAUGGCACGCUGGACAAGGUCUUGCCAGAUGUUGCUAAGGAUCUCCUAGGCGCCAAUGCGACUCUUCCUGCCAACUUGACCAGUGGCUCUCCAUCGGACAUUCUCCCCGGUCUGCUGAACGAUAUCUUCGGCAACGGCACUGCCGGCUCGGGACUGAUCCCCACAGUCAUUGGACAGGUUCAGAGCGGGUCAGUUGAGGCUAUCCUGCCCGGCCUCGUCAACGGUGCGCUUGGCGGUGGUAGCCCCACGGGUGCUCUGCCAGAGUUCGUUAACGAGGUUCUCGGAGGAAACGCGACGGCCGGUCUUGGAACCAUCCUCCCAGAUCUCGGAACCCAUCUACCGGAUCUGAUCAAUGAGAGUAGUGGAGGCAUCAGCCUGGUCAUCCCCCAGCUUCCUGGUGGUGCAAACGGUGCUGGAAACAGCAGCGGCAUUGGCAUUAUCAUCCCCACCCUUCCCGGCAGCGAUGGAGCCGGCGGCGCCGGCCUUGUCAUACCUGAUAUCGAAAGUGUCUUGCCUGGACUCAUCAACGGCACUGGCGGUCUGGCGCCUCUUCUCCCAGGUAUCAUUGGCAGUCUGCCGGGCAUCAGCAAUGCUACUGAAGGCGAGCUGGGCGAGAUCGUCGCCACCCUUCCCGGUCUGGUGAACGGCUCGACUGGUAGCCUUGAGGAUCUCCCAGCCAUCAUCGACCGCCUGCCUUCACUCAUCAAUGACACGACUGGCUCUUUGGGCGAAGUCAUUGCAAGCCUGCCUGGUCUGCUGAACGGCACUGCUGGCUUGGGACCCCUUCUCAACAAGCUCCCUGGGCUCUUGAACCAGACUGGUGCCCCUACCGUGAACCCCUCCUCAGAGCUUCCGGUUGCCGGUCUGUUGCCUGGCACCAUCGUUCCUGAUGUCCUCAACACUCUGCCCGCCCUCACAAACGACGCUGUUACUAGUGGCAGUGGUAUUUUGAUCCCCGACUUUGGAGGCCUCGUCAAUGGCACCACGAGCGGCGGCACGGGUGUCAUUAUCCCGGAUCUCUCCAAUUCUCUGCCAGGUCUUCUCAACGGCACAGGAAACGCCAUCGGUGGUCUUGUGCCUGAUGUCGCAAACACCCUUCCAGGCCUCGUGAGUGGUACGCUGCCGGGCCCCGCUGCGCUCGUGCCUGGACUCAUAGCCACCCUGCCGACUCUGGUCAAUGGGUCCAGCGCAGCCGACAUCAUCAGCAGCCUGCCCGCUGUCCUGCCCGGCGUCAUUAUUCCCGCGUCAGAGGUCAACACUAUCGUCGAAAACUUGCCUGCCCUGACGAACGGCACGUUGCCGUCCAUUGAUGUCAGCGCAGGUGUCGGUGUGGAUGCUGGGGUCAAGAUUGGUGUCCCGGCUAUUCCCUCGCUCCCCCAGAUCAUUAACAACCUCCCUGGUUUGCUGAACAACACCGGUAUUCCCAUUUCCGUGCCUGAGUUGAUCGGCGCUCUUCCCGGUGUGACCCUGCCUGUUGACCCCUCUGUUGAUACGCCAGGCACUCCUGGUGCUCCUGGAGGCUCUGUUGGAGGCGAGGCCCCCGGACCUCUCAUUCCUGAAGUCGUAAACAACCUCCCUUCAAUCAUCAACGGUAGUCUUGGCGGAGGACCAGGCGCUGGCCUCAUUCCCCCGCUGGUCGACAGCCUGCCCGGUCUCGUCAACGAGGCUGGCCCUGGUGCUCCUGGUGCUGGCGUUGGCACUGGCCCCGGCACCAUCAUUCCCGAUGCUGUGAACAGUAUCCCGGGCGUCAUUGGCGGCGCUCUGGGUAACGGCCCCGCUUCCGGCGUCGUGCCGGGCCUAGUUAAUGCUCUGCCGGGGCUCGUCAACGACACCCUUGCCGGAGGGCCGGGCUCGGGCCCCGGAACUCUUCUCCCCGAUAACGUCAAUAACAUUCCUUCGGUAAUUGGCGGCACGCUGGGUAACUCUACCACCUCGGCUGGCCUCAUCCCGGGGCUCAUUGGCUCACUGCCGGGCAUCGUCAAUGACACGAUUGGCGGAGCGGCGCCCAGCCCUCUGAUUCCUGACGCAGUCAACAACAUCCCGUCGAUCAUCGGUGGUGCGAUUGGCAGCUUGCCGGGCAACGGCAGCGCCAUUGUCCCAGGUCUGCUGAAUGACCUCCCCGGCCUCGUCAACGGCGUCUUCCAGAACCAGACUGGCGCCGGGACCGUACUUCCCGAUGCCAUCAAUACGCUACCUGGCGUCAUCGGUGGAGCACUCUCCGGAGACAAUCCUGGCUCGGCUAUCCCCACUGUCAUUGACAACCUGCCGGGUCUCAUCAAUGGCAGUGUUGGACAGACGGCGCCGGACUCCGGUGGUGCGAUUCUUCCGGGUUCCUUGAACGAGCUCCCCGGCAUCAUUGGCGGAGCCGUGAACGGCAGCACCCCAAGUCCCGAGGGCGUCGUCCCAAGCCUCGUCAACAGCCUGCCUGCUAUCGUGGCCGGAGCCAGUGGUAACCAGAGCGCCGUGGGAAGCAUUCUUCCUGGCCCGCUCAACGAGCUGCCUGGCCUUCUCAACUCAACUUUAGGAGCUGGUGGCCCUGUGGCAGGCACCCUAGUGCCCGGUAUCGUCAACGGUCUGCCUGACCUUGUCAACGGAGCUCUCAACGGUACCAAUACUGGACCUGGCACCGAACCUGGAGGUCCACCCGGCACUCUGCUGCCAGGCGGUCUGAACGAGCUUCCCGGCAAUCUCACUGCUGGUCUUCCCAAUGGUACAACCGCGGGCUCUCUGUUGCCUUCCAUCAUUGGAGGGCUUCCAGGUGCUGUCAACAGCGCUGUCAAUGGCACAGCUGGUACUCUGAUCCAGGACGUUGUAAACCAAGUCCCUGGUAUUAUCAAGGGUGCUGUGGAGAGCGGACCCAACAUCGGUCCCCUCAUCCCCGGUAUCGUCGGCAGCUUCCCGGCCAUUGUCAAUGGUACUGUGAACGGAGGCGGCCAGGCACAGCAAGACCUCGAGGCCAUCAUCCCCGGCAUCAUCGAGACCAUUCCUACCUGCGUAGAGGGUGCUUUGGGCAACGUUCCCAAUGUCAACCCGGCGGAUAUCACUCCCAUCGUUAUUGGCAGACUCCCAGACAUCAUCUCUCAGCUGCCCAACGUUACAACUCCAGGCAAGGUUCUUCCUGGUCCGCUGAACCAGCUGCCGGGUAUCAUCUCCGGUGCCAUUUCUGAUGCCGCCGGUGUUCAGCCUGGCGUCAUCGCCCCUGGUCUUGUGGCUGCUCUCCCCGCCGUCCUCGAGGGACUCGUCAACAACCUGCCGAACACAGGUGGUGCAGUACGCCCCACGAUUCCUGGCCUUUCCGAGAGCCUUCCGGGACUCUGCGAAGACGCUCUGAACUCUGGAUCCGGCGCGCUAAUCCCGGAAGUCGUCAACACUCUGCCUGGCGUCAUUGGCGGCUCCAUUUCCAACGGCCAGCUGCCUGGUUCGGCUAUUUCGCUGCCAGACCUCGUGAACAACCUGCCUGGUCUCAUCAACGACGCACUGAACAAGGGUCAGGAGGAGUGCAUCCCGGGCCCGGUCAAUAACUUGCCAACCACGAUUGGUAACGUCAUUUCUAACGGAAGCCUGCCUAUCCCCAACCUGCCCAUCAACGACAUUAUCAACAACCUGCCAGAACUCAUCAAUGGCGCCAUCCAGACGGGAGCAGGCACUCUGAUCCCUGACCGCCUGAACAACCUCCCCGCGGAUAUUGGCGUCUCGUUGAAUGCUACUGUCGUUCUGCCGGUUCCCGAGAUUAUCGCCAAUCUGCCAUCCAUCAUCAACAAUGCCGUCAGCAGCGGUAACCCUGUCGCUAUUCCAGAGGUGAUUAACAGUUUGCCUGCCACUAUUGGCACGGCGGUGGGUGGUGCUACGAAUUUGAUCCCCCAGAUCAUCGGAAAUCUGUCGGCCUUGGUGAAUGAGGCUAUCAACAACGGCGCAAGCACAGUGCUCCCUCCAGUGAUCAACAAUCUGCCGGUCACCAUCGGAGGCGCCCUCAACGGUACUACCCUGCCGCCGGCUAUCGUUUCCAAUCUCCCGGCACUGAUCAAUGAUGCCAUCGGCAACGGUGGUGCAGCCGGAGCUGGUGCUGCUACGCUUCUUCCAGAGGCGAUCAACACCCUGCCGGCUGUCAUCGGAGACUCCCUCGGCGACCUCACUGGCAACGCGGCUAGUCUGGUGCCUGCCAUCGUCGCCAACCUUCCUGGAUUGGUGACUGGUGCCCUACAAUCUGGCGCUGGAACGUUGGUACCUCCCAGUGUCAACAACCUGCCAGCUACGAUUGGAGAAUCUUUAGGCAACCUUACAGGCAACGCUGGUGCCCUCGUCCCUGAGAUCAUCAACAACCUGCCAGGUCUCAUUGCGGGCGGUCUAGUCGGUGGCACGGGUACACUGCUGCCUCCCGUCGUGAACAACCUCCCUGCCGUCAUCGGUGGUGCCCUAGGCAACGUCACGGGCGCUGCUGAAUCUCUAGUGCCCCAGAUCAUCGCCAACCUGCCUGGCCUCAUCACUGGUGCCAUCACCAGCAAUAGCACGACCUUGAUCCCUGACGUUGUCAAUACGCUGCCUGUCGCCAUUGGCGGAGCGCUGACGAACAGCUCUAUCGGUUUCAACCCUGAGAUCAUCAAUAACCUGCCGAGCCUCGUGAACAAUGCCAUAUCAAGCGGCAACGCAACAAUAAUCCCCCCUCAGGUGAAUAACAUCCCGGCUGUCAUCAGCGGCGCCAUCGCCAACAGCACGACGGCUGGUGACCUGAUCAAUAACCUCAUUGGAAACGGCACCGCGACCGCUGGGGGCCUGCUUCCCAUCUUGUCGGGGACCCUCAACGGCAAUGUCUCCAUCGGAGGGAACAGUCAGGGAGUUCUUCCUGGCCUCAUCGCCAACGUCUCUGUCGACGCUCUGGGCCCCAACAUCCCAACGCUCAUCAACGGACUCAUCGGUACCAACGGCACCCUCAGUGCUAUUGCUGGCGGUCUGCUCGGAAAUGGUACGGCGGGUCUCACGAUCCCUGAUAUUCUCGGCGGCAUUGCGGCUGGUACGGGCAACAGCUCUCUCCCAGGCCUCGUUGGCGAGAUCCUGGGCAACGGAACCGGAGGAGGAGGAAUAGGAGGAACAGGAGCAGGGAACAUCACGACUGGUCUCGUCGGCGGUGGUAGCGGCGGAGCAUCCAUCCCUGGUAUUCUCCCCGGCAUCGUCGCCGCUGGACCUCGCGCCAACACGACGGUCCCUUCGGUCGAGGUGGUGCUUGAUAACCUCGGUAUCGGCAACCUCACUGCAUCGCUGCCGGCGCUCGUCGACAGCAUCAUCGGCAGUGCGAACCUCACGGGUAAGAAUAUUACUGGCCCGGCUGCAAGCCUGAUCGACGGUUUGCUCGGCCCCGGCGCCUCGGCGGGCGUCAACGUCACCGUUGGCCCUGCUUCAGGACCUGGCGCUGGACUGAUCCCCAACCUGUUGGACAACGUGGCCACUGGCAACGUCACGCAGAUCAUUCCUGAUCUCGUCAAUGGUCUUCUGGGCAACGGCACGGCCAACAGCGGCGGUCUCAUACCGGACCUGCUGCAGAAUGCCAGCGCUGGUGCUCUUCCGGCGGUCAUCCCCAACAUUGUCGGCGGUCUCCUCGGCGGCGCGACGGUCGGCGGCGCGGCUGGCGAUCUCAACAACCCUGGCGUCAGCGUCAAUGGCUCGACCAACGUCAACGGCACGGCCGGAAUCGGAGGUAUUCUUCCUACGCUUGUUAGUAGCCUCAACAGUGGCAACUUGAGCAACAUUGUGCCCGGUAUCCUUACAGGUCUUCUCGGAAACGGCACUGCUUCUUCUGGCGGUCUCAUCCCAUCUGUGGUUGUCAACAUCAACAACAGCUCUACAGGCGCCAACGCCAAUGCCGAUGCCAAUGCCAACGUCACUGCUGGCUUGGUCAACACGGGCAUCAUCGAUGGCCUUCUCGGCGCCGGCUCGGGUGGUGCACUGCUCAACACGGGCGGUCUCCUCUCUGGUACACGCAACCUGCUCACCGACAGUCUCAACUGCGGCGCCAUCGGGAUCGUGUGCCAAGGUGUACAGAUCUGCCGCGCCGGCGUCUGUAUCAACUCGAGCGGACCCUCUGGCACAGCUACGAUUCCUGCCGCGGGCACCCCGACCAGCCCGGCUGCUGGUAUCUCAACUACUGUCGUUCCCGGCCAGGGCGUCGUCGACCUCCUCAACGACCCGCUGAACUGUGGACGUCUUCUCAACGUCUGCGUCCUCGGUCGAACAUGUCAAAACGGCCAGUGUGUCGCCAUUGGUGCGACGGCUACCACCCCCGAGGUUGCAGCACCUACUGUCGGUGGUGUUGCGACUACCGCAACGGUCGGUAGUGCCGGUCUCGUCAACCUUGUCAACGACGUCUUCAACUGUGGUCGUCUUCUCAAUGUGUGUCUCUUUGGCCAGAUUUGCAGCAACGGCCAGUGUAUCGUUGCCGGCGCAACGACAACUGCUCCUCCCGCCGCGGCUCAGCCAACAACGACAGCACUCCCGGCCACCACGACUGUUGCGGGUGGCAACAUCAUCAACUUCCUGACCGACAAUCUCAACUGUGGCAGACUUCUCAACGUCUGUCUCUUCGGUCAGGUUUGUCAGAAUGGGAGCUGCGCUGUUCCCGGCACUGUUGCCGCUACCGCUACUGCUACUGUUCCUGGUGCCGCUCCCACGACCGUCCCUGGUGCUGGUGCUGGUGCUGUGCCUACGACUAUUGCUUCUACACCAGCCGCUACAACGGCCGUCGGUGCUGGCGGUUCCGUCGUACAGCUUCUCACCGAUAACCUCAACUGCGGCAGGCUUCUCAACGUCUGUCUAUUCGGCCAGGUGUGUCGCGAAGGCCAGUGUGCCUCGGCCGCUCAGCCUACGACAGCUGCUACCGCCCCAGCGACGACGACGAUUGCUGUCCAGGUUACGACCACGGCUGAUGGAGGUCAGUUGACCACAGCUCAGGUUCCCACGACCGUCGUCACCGUGGCACCAACAACAGCUGCUGGUGCAGGUGCCGCCGUUGGUAUCGUCGACCUUCUCAAUGACAGCCUUAACUGCGGUCGCCUCUUCAACAUUUGCAUCCUCGGCCAGACUUGUCGCAACGGUGUCUGCGUUGCUUCUGGCGCUGCUGUUCCAACUACCACGGCUGGAAUCACCGCGCCUACAACAACUACUCGUGCCACAACUACGGCUCCUGUCGUCGGUACCACGACUACGACUGCUGCUGCUGCUCCCACGACCACGGCGGGUGGUGCCUUUGGUGUCGUUGAUUUGCUCAAUGACUCGUUGAACUGUGGUAGACUUCUCAACAUCUGUCUCUUCGGCCAAGUUUGCCGCAGUGGUGUCUGCGUUGCUGCUGGUGCCGCCGUGCCCACGACCACUGCGCCAGCGACGACUGUGCCAACAACGACUCUGGCUGCUACCACAGCCGUCGUCACAACGACCCUCCUUACCGCGACGCGCGCCGCUACGACUACCACUAUUGCUGGCGUCCCUACAACCAUUGCGGCGGCGCCGACCACAAUCGCUGUGACUACCACUGCGACUGUCGUCCCGACCACCAUCGCUGCGACUACCACUGCCGCUGUCGUCCCGACUACCACGACUGGUGCUGCCACGGCUACUACCACUGGAGGAACGCUGGCUGUCAGCCUCGAUCUCCACACGGACCGCCUCAACUGUGGUCGUAUCGGAAACAUCUGCCUCGGCUCUCAGACUUGCUCCAGCGGUCUCUGUAUCUCCGUCGGUGGAGCUGUCGUUGGCGGUACCAAUAUUGCUACGACGGCUACGGCUGCGACAACCAUCACCACGAGCACCACUGCUCCGGCGGUUGCGGCCCCGACGACCACAGCUGUCACGACCAUACGUGCUGCCACGACGACUACAGCCGCUGCUCCCACCACAACCGCUGCCGCGCCGACCACCACGGCCGGUGCUCAGACGAAUGUCGCCAUCGCCGUACCGACCACGCCGACGACGGCCCCCGCGGCGGUCCCUACGACCACGGCACGAGCGGCGACCACCGUCCCGACUACGCCCACGGCCCAGGUCGCUCCGACCACGCCCACGAUCCAAGCAGUCCCUACGACUCCAACGAUCCAAGCCGUCCCCACGACGCCCACGGUCCAAGCAGCCCCGACAACGGUCCGCGCCGCCACGACAGCUGCCGCCGUGCCCACGACCGCUCCUCAGGCGGCUGCCACAACCCAGCGCGCCGCCACCACUACCGCUCCCUCGACCGGCUCCAGCGGAUCCACUGGUUCAAGCGGUUCAGGCGCAUCGUGCGGUGGCUUCUUCAACCUCGUCCCUUGCAUCUUCCCCCUGACGUGCGUCAACGGACGCUGCCAGCUGCUGGGAGUGAUCGGGUAG